CAGUGCCAGCGGUGCCGGUGUUGGACUGCUCGAUCUGUGCCUGUGGUGGUUUCCUAGGAGGCUGCAACCUGCAAGGCCAUCCAUCCACCCAUCAGGAUCGAGUGCUUCUGCUCCGACGGCCGCAAUAAAGUAAGCGAAUGGAGUAGCUGGUGGGCGGUAGACAGCAGUACUGCACCUCUCCAUCCAGCUCCAGCUACUUUCUUCUUCAAUUCGAUCAGAGCAAAUCGAGAGCCUUCCCGACGGCGGCGGAGGAGGUGGAGGAAGACCAAGCAAGCUAAGCCAAGGCGUCGGACCGGAGGAUGCUCGGACGUCGGCCGCUCAUCGUGCUCUUCGGCUCCUCCAUCGUGCAGUACAGCUUCAGCAACGGCGGAUGGGGCGCCGCGCUCGCCGACAUCUACGCCCGCAAGGCUGAUAUCUUGCUUAGAGGAUAUAUUGGCUGGAACACAAGGCGGGCCCUUCAAGUCAUGGACAAAGUGUUCCCUAAGGAUUCACCAGUGCAGCCGUCCUUGGUCAUAGUUUACUUUGGUGGAAAUGACUCGAUUGCUGCUCACUCGUCUGGUCUGGGGCCUCACGUGCCAGUAGACGAGUACAUAGACAACAUGAGAAAGAUUGCAGAGCACCUGAAGAGCUUAUCCGAGAAGACCCGUGUUAUUUUCCUGAGCUGUCCACCUCUGAAUGAGGAGAUGCUUCGUAGAUCAACCAGCAGCACCAUACUGAGCGAGAUCGUGCGAACCAAUGAAACCUGCCGUCUCUACUCGGACGCCUGUGUGGCUCUGUGCAAAGAGAUGAACCUGAAGGUGGUUGACCUCUGGCAUGCCAUGCAGACAAGGGAGGACUGGAUGACUGCGUGCUUUACCGAUGGCCUGCAUCUGUCUGAAGAGGGUAGCAAUAUCGUGGUGGAAGAGAUCCUGAAGGUGCUCAAGGAGGCAGACUGGGAUCCGUGCCUGCAUUGGAAGGCGAUGCCGACGGAGUUCGCCGAGGACUCGCCCUACGACCUCGUCUCCUCCAGCGGCGACGCCACGGUGAACCCGUCGGAGUGGACCAUCCACAGGCGGAUACCAUGGGACUGACUGACUCACUGAAUAAUGGUGGCUUUUGACUCCAUGGCGGCCGGGAUCAUCAUAUCCAUGGCUUGCUCGCUCCAGAAUAAUGCAUGCCAUCUCUAAUCCUGGUCAUGGAUGUGCAACUCAGCCAUCAUCCUUUUUCAUAUCCCGAUCAGUUAUAUAUUUAUUAGAUAUAUUGGUGGUGCAGAAUUAUAUAUGUAUUCCAUAUGAAUGAAUGGUUUGUCAUGAUGAUGCAUUGUUCUUGAUGA